AUGGAAGAGGCCCUCUGCAAGCGGUUUGUGGAUGUACGAGGCAGGAACAUUCCGAUAAGCGGCGCGGCGCUCACCUCGAAGGCAAGACAGCUGGCUUUUUUAUUGGGGCACGAAGAUUUUAAUCCGGGAAACGGCUGGCUGCACCGCUUUAAAGCAAGGCAUAACAUCAAGUUCGAGAGGAUAGUCGGUGAAGCUGAAGCGGCGGCGGACGAUGCGAAGAUCGAAGAAUGGAUGGACAACAGUGCCGCAAAGAUUGGGUCGUACAGCAAGUGCAACAUGUAUAACGCAGACGAGACGGCGCUAUUCUUUCAACUGUUGCCCUCACAUACGGAUGCAAUGAAGGGCCAGACAUGUGCCGGCAGAAAGCACAGCAAAGUGCGUGUGACGGUUUUGUUGUGCUGCAACAUGGACGGAAGUGAUCGUCGAAAACUUGUCGUCAUUGGCAAGUCCGCAAAACCCCGGAGACUUUCGAAGCCUUUACAGCCUUCCAGUGCGGAAUCGCAGCAAUACGAAGACAUGGAUGACAAAGGCGUUGUUCGAAGAGUGGCUGCUCGAGCUCGACCAUGA